AAAUUAAGCUCAGGGGAAGCACAAACCUCUCCAUGGUAGCACAAUCAUGGAACAAAGCCAUGAACCCCUCCUUUCUUCUCCUGCCACCAAAAAGACCACCCAUCGUUGCAACGCCCUCUUAUUCACGCUCUCCAUAGCCUCCCUCAUUUGCAUCGCCGCCCUCAUCACCCUCCAACUCAACACCACCACCCCCAACCCCUCCCAUCUCUGCGCCAACUCCCCCAACCCGGCCACAUGCAACGCCGCUAUCUCCACCGCCCUCUCAGCCCUCGGCCGCCGGCCCAAACCGGACCCGGUACAAGUCCUCCAAACCGUCCUCCACCGAUCCCUCCUCUUAAUCGACUCCUUCCUCACCUUUGCCAACAAUUCAUACCGUCCGAUCGGUGGUCCUGACACCAUCCAACGGUCCCCCCUCGCGGACUGCAUCCAUCUGAUGGACCUCUCACGUGACCUCUUCCUCGACUCGGCCUCCGCCAUCUCCGCUGAGGCCUACACCGACGCCCGCACGUGGCUAAGCGCCGUGCUGACAAACCACGUCACGUGCUCGGAUGGGCUUAGCGGGCCUAUCGGCCCACCAAUGGAAGCCCAUUUAGAAUCCCUAACGGCGUUGGCCGGUGCCACCCUCGCCGUUCUGAGCGCCGUUUCCCCGUCCGACGGCGAUGCAAUCGAACGCGUUAGCAGGUUUCCGUCAUGGCUGACGGUCAAGGAUCGGAAGCUUCUGGAAUCUUCUUCGUCGGACGGGGUUGCGGUGAACGUGACGGUGGCGGCGGACGGGAGUGGGGACUAUAAGACAGUGCAGGAGGCGGUGGAUUCUGCCCCAGAUAAGGGGAAGGUACGGUAUGUGAUUUAUGUGAAGGAGGGAACAUAUAAAGAGAAUGUGAUCGUUGGGAAGAAGAAGACUAACGUUAUGAUCGUUGGUGAUGGCAUGAAUUCGACCGUUAUAACGGGCAGUCUCAACGUUGUGGAUGGGUCGACGACUUUUAACUCAGCUACAUUAGCUGCCGUGGGGGAAGGAUUCAUACUGCAAGACAUCUGCAUCGAGAACACGGCAGGGCCCGAGAAGCACCAGGCGGUGGCACUGCGAGUCGGUGCCGAUAGAUCGGUCAUAAAUCGUUGCCGCGUGGAUGGCUACCAAGACACACUCUACGCCCACUCCCUCCGUCAAUUCUAUGGAGACAGCAUAAUUUCAGGCACCGUCGACUUCAUCUUUGGCAAUGCAGCGGUGGUCUUCCAAAAUUGCAACCUCAUUGCCCGCAAGCCGAUGAGCAACCAGCAGAACCUUGUGACGGCUCAAGGCCGGGUCGACCCGAACCAAAACACGGGCACUUCAAUCCAGAAAUGCAAGGUGCUGCCAAGUGAUGACCUUGUGCCGGUCAAGGGGUCGAUACCGACGUACCUCGGCCGGCCAUGGAAGGAGUAUUCGAGGACAGUGUUCAUGCAAUCCUACAUUGAUGAUCAUGUGGAUCCCAAAGGGUGGGAGGAAUGGAGUGGGGACUUUGCACUAGACACCUUGUUCUAUGGAGAGUAUGCCAAUGUUGGCCCAGGCGCUGGGACCAGUGGGCGUGUCAACUGGACCGGUUACCAUGUGAUAACCGACCCUAAUGUGGCCAAGGAUUUUACUGUGGCAGAGUUGAUUCAGGGAGGGACUUGGCUGCAGUCCACUGGAGUGGCCUUCACAGAAGGAUUGUGAAUCAAGUUUCGAUAAAGAGGUGGUGGGUGUUGGUUGUGGUUGGAGCUUUUGUAUGCACGCUGUGAGAUCUUAAAAAUGUGAUUUUCUGGUAGUUUCUCUUGAAGUUUUGAGAAAUAUAAUGAGAGAGCACUAAAUCAAGUGAACUGUAGUAGCUUCGGGUUCGGCAACUUCAAUUUUCUUAAUGCUUUGUGCUUGCCUUCACGAUCA